UGCAUUUUCCCAACGGCCAAGAUGCCAUCAACCAGCGAGUGGACCAAGGGCGCCUUCGUGGCGCUCGCCCUCGUCACGCUUUUGCACCUCUCGCUCGAGACGCGCGACAUCACGGUGGCCUCGCCCAGCGCCCUUCUGCGAUCCGACUUUGCAUCGACAGCGCCCGCAAGCAUUGACGCGCUGCACGCUGCGCACGACGACGAGCUCCUGCACUUGGUCGAGCUGAACGUCUUGUGCCGCAAAGAAGACAACGUCCUCAUCCCGUGGACUGCAACCAGCUCGCGGGAUAUGCUGCGCCGCGACAGUCCGCACGCUGCGAUUCUGGCCGAGCUGCGCAAGUGUCCGGCCGUUGACAUUUACCUCCAGACCGGCGUCCGAGACCACGGGUACUGCGAAGACGCCAUGGCGUACACGCUGCAUUUGCAGUCGCGCGCGAUUCCACGCUGGGUCCUUGAGUCGACGUUCACCGACGAGAAUGGCAACACUACCACGUACUUUGAGCUGUGUCCGCGCUCGGCGAUCCUCUUCAUGAACCACUACUGGGAAGAAGUCGACGAGUUACCACACUUUCCACCGACCAAGAAGAUCGUGCUCAUGCCCAACGUCGAGAUGGGCGAGUUGCAGCCGUGGCAUUAUCAUCGCGCCGACAUUGUGUUGGCCAAGUCGCGCGACGCCUACAACCGCAUCUGGGCCUGGUACAACCAAGACUUCAACAACCCACGCGGUGCCAAGGUGCUCUACACGCAGCAUACGACGAGCGAUGCGACCGUCUUGGUGCGCAACGCAAGCAGCAAUGAUCAGCUCAACGGCCCGCUCGCACCGAAAAACUUUAGUCAGCUCAGCGUCGUUCACGCCAACGGCAAGAGCCCGUUCAAGAACGCGGUGCGAAUGCUGCAGUGCUGGAAGGACCACCCAGAGUUCCCGGUCUUGCACCAGUACUCGAGCGACGACUGGUCCAACGGCACGUACAACGAGCUCUGGCACGGCCAGCCGCCGGCGAAUGUCGACUUUCACUUUGGCAAGUACGUCUCGUCCUUGGGUUUUGCCAACAUCUUGAACGACGCGACCGUCAUUGUGUGCCCGAGUUCCAUGGAAGGGUUUGGCCACUACAUCAACCAAGCACGCGCAGCGGGGGCCCUCGUCGUCACCACGGACGCGCCCCCGAUGGACGAGUUUGUCGACGACGACUCGGGUGUCCUUAUCCACGGUAUCACACCGUGGAAACAGAAUGCCACGAUGGGUCAACACAUUGUGUUUGAAGUGCCAACGCGCGCCAUUUGCGAGUCGAUUCAAGUCAUUCUGGCCAUGGACGCGCACGAGCGUGCACGACGCGCAGCCAACGGUGUGCGGCGAUAUUUCAAGCAACUACAGUAUUUCAAACAGAGUAUGCAGACACUGCAAGCGAUGGUGUAGAUGCGCUGACAUAAAUUAUAAUGUCGUUUACUUUUGUC